GUCACGCCGUACGGAACCUUGCGUUGUUCCUCCCAAAUCCCUCCAAGAAAAGGCGGCUCCAACAACCAGAGCGCUCAUCAGCAAAAAUCUGAACAAGAUCCGCCACCGAUUUGGGGAGCACCAGGCGAAAGUGCGGCCGACGCGGCGAGUUGAAGCAAGAUUCGCCAUGGGCCGGAGCAGGAAGGAUUCCAGCGAUCUGGCGGAGGCUCUAGAGGAGGACGAAGAAGAGGGGGAGGAACAGACUGAGGGCGAAGAGGAAGAGGGGGAGGAACAGGAGCAGACGGAGGAAGGUGAGGAGGAUGAGGCCGGGGCAGGCGCUGAUGCGGAGACGCUGGCCCAGGACGCCGUUGAGCCGCCGAAGCUGGCCGAGGGUUACUUCGAGAUCGAGGCCAUCCGCCGCCGCCGCCUCCGCAAGGGCCAGCUCCAGUACCUCGUCAAGUGGCGUGGAUGGCCGGAGAGUGCUAACACAUGGGAACCCCUUGAAAACCUGAAGGCCUGCUCGGACAUUGUUGAUGCUUUUGAUAAGAGGUCACGGUCACCAAGGUCCUCUCGGAAGCGAAAACGUAAGACUGCAACUACUCCAACAUCAGAUCCUAAACCUUCUCGUGGAAAACGGGGUCGCCCACCUCGGUCGGAGGCCCGCUCUACGACUGGACAUCAUGCCCCAGACCCCAAGAAAUUGCCAUGCAGGACAAGUAGUAGGAGAGUCAGUAAUAAUGGUAACAAGACCUUGUUUGGUGAACUCGGGGCAUCAGUGAAUGUGCUUGGGCAAAGAGUAGUACAGGAGGGUAGUUCUGGUGUGGUUUCAGUUGGUUUUCCAUCACAAGGGGUUCCUCUAUCUGUUAGCUUGACUGACCAACAAGAUGAGCAUCACCCUGCAAAUGGUUCAUCAAAGGUGGAAAAUUCAGUACGAGCACCCCCAUCUCAAGGUGGCCAGAUAACUGGUGCAAAGAAGCGCAAGUCUGGAUGUGUUAGGAGGUUCAAGCAGGAUGAAGCAGCAAUACAAGAGCAAGGAGGUAUUCGUGAUGGCACAAGUGACAAGCCAGGCAACGAGUAUGUUGAUUCCACAGAAGGAGAAACUGGUGAUAAGAACAAGGGGGAGGACUCUGCUAGCCAAAUUCAUAAUCCUAAGAUCUUGAAGAUCAUCAAGCCAGUGCGCUAUUUUGCCACUAUUUUGGAUGGUGUGCAGGAAGUUGCAAUAACGUUCAAGGCACUCAGGUCUGAUGGAACAGAAGUAUUAGUAGAUGACAAGCAGUUGAAAGCUAAGGAGCCCUUAGUGCUUAUAGAAUACUAUGAGCAGCAUCUUCGAUAUAACCCCACCUCGACACAUUGAAGCUACUGUGUUCAGUUGCCUGUGCUGCCCCUAUGCUUGGAACGGAUGGAGAUUGUAUUUAAUGUAGCAUUUUUUUGUGCUAGAUAGAUAUAUCUGUACCUCGAUUCGGUUUGCGCUGAGUGCGCGUAAACUUCGAUGUUAUGGUAUGCUACUAUGCCAAAUUAACCCGGACGUUUUUGUGUGUAUUGGAUCCACUGCGUAGUUAAUCGGAUCCUCUGCGCAAUUGCGCUUGCUAGUGGCCGACUGGACGUGAAGAAUUUUCCAAGUCCGAUUCAAA